UGGCACCACUGGUGGCACUGGUGGCACCGGGGAGCAGCCGGGGGACAUCGCGCUAUGCCCGGGGGUCGCGUUUGUCCCCUCCCCAUGCGACGGGCAGGGAUGUUCACCAAGAAACCCUACGACAGCCCCGCCAGCGGCUACGGGCCACCCCCGCUCACCUCCUACGGGCCGCCCGCGGGCGACUACGGCUACGAUUUCAGGGCCCGCUCGCCGCCGCCGGGCUCCUACUACGUGGAGGACGCCCCGCAGCAUUUCUACCGGUGGUGGUCGCCGCCGGGGCUCGUGCGGGUGCUGGAGGCCGCAGUGCUGCUGCUCUGCGUGGCCGUGUUCGCCUGCGUGGCCUCCACGCUGGCCUGGGACUACGGCUACGGCUACGGCUACGGCGGCGUGCUGGGCAGCGGCCCGGGCGGCUACUACGGCUCGGGCUACUACGGCAGCGGGGUCAACUACGGCUACGGCUACGGCGGCUACUACGGCGGCGUCACCAACCCGCGGGCGGCCAACGGCUUCAUGAUCGCCAUGGCCGUGCUCUGCUUCCUGGCCCAGCUGGGGCUCUUGGUGGCCAGCCUGAGCAAGUCCAGCGGUUCGCGGUCGCGCCGCUUUUACCUGGUGGUCAUCGUGGUGUGCGCCGUGCUGGCCCUGCUCAUGUUGGUGGCCAGCAUCGUCUACGUGGUGGGGGUCAACCCGCAGGCGCAGAUGAGUGGUGGCUACUACUACAGCCCGCUGCUGGCCAUGUGCAACCAGGUGUACGCCGGCGGCGCCGUGCUCAACCAGUACCUGUACCACUACUGCACCGUGGACCCGCAGGAGGCCGUGGCCAUCGCCUGCGGCUUCCUGAUGGUGCUGCUGCUGUGCCUCAUCUGCCUCUUCGCACACAAAACCCGCAGCAAGAUCUGGAAGUACGGAAAACACAACAUUUAUUGGGAUCGCCCCCCGGCCGGCCACGAGGGGCCCGACGUGGAGGAGUGGGUGAAGAACGUGUCGGGCGGGACGAGCGUUCCGGACGAGGCCGCCACGGUCGCGUACUCGGAGAAGGGCGAGACCCCCGGGCCGGCCCCACCCUACAGCCCCCCCUCGUACAGCGACCCCCCCCAAAAGGGCUGGAAAAGUGACCCUCCCCAGGACCCCCCCUCGCCCCCGGAGGAGGAGCAGGAUGCUGCCCCUCCCCACCCCAAGCCCCCCGCCCGCCGCGGGCGCCGCCGGGGCCGGCGCCAGCCCGAGCGCGAAGGCUCCCAGUGCUCCCAGUGCUCCCAGUACGACACCGAGCCCACCACGGCCGCCGAGUCCGGUGACGAGCGCGACAGCGAGCAGUGGCACAGGCUGUACCCCCCGAUCGGGUCACCAAGCGACCGCCAGCGCUACAAGGCGGAUUUCGGGGCGGAGCUGCGGCGCUACAAGGAGCUCUGCGCCCACAUGGACGGGGUCAACGAGCGGCUGGCACAGCUGGCAGCACAGCUGGACCAGGUGCCCGAGGACAGCGCCCAGUACCAGGCCCUGGCCGAGGAGUACAACCACCUCAAGGACCUGAAGCGGAGCCCGGAGUACCAGGAGAAGAAGCGGGAAUCCAAAACGCUCCGGAACAAACUCUUCCACAUCAAACGGAUGGUGAGCGACUACGACAAACUCCGGGGCUGACCCCACAGCCAGCGCCCCAAAAAAGGGACAUUUUUAGGGGGAACACCCCAAACCCCCCCCCCGACCCAUCCAAAGACUUUUGUGCCUUUUUUUUGUGUUGAAAAAACCCAAAAUUCCUCAUUCUGAGCCCUCCCCAGUGCCAAGGGUGGGGGCGACUGGUGGCAGCUGUUGGUGUGACUCCCCCCACCCCAAAAUGUCUCAAAAUGUCCCCAAAUGUCCCCCACACUCUUUGGGAUCCCCCCAAGUGCCUUCCCCUGGUUGUAAAUAGGGUUUUUAUGGGGUUUGCACUCCCCUGGCUGCCUUAAAGGGGUUUUGGGGCUCCCAAAUUGGGUUAUGGGGGAUAAAAAAAAAACCCUUUUGGGGUUUUGUUUUGUGGGGGGGACCCAAAUCCCCAAAUAUUUCCUAGGGAAUUGGUGGGAACUGCGGGAAUUGUGUAAUAUUUUUAAUUGUUUUGUAAUAAAUGAAGUGUAAUUGUUGAUUUUCA